GCGGGUGUGUGCGUGCAGUUAGAAGAUCGCGUUCGCGCCGUCCGUACGUACAGACCGGUGUUCCGGUGAUCCGAUCGACGUGUGCGACCCCCCGAGUGCGCCCGUUUCGUCCCCAACGCGAACCGUCGUCACGCACACGCGGGACACUCCUUUGACCGUCGUCCGCGCGGCGUGUGUUCCGUGUACGUGUUCUCUUUCGGUAACGUCGUUCGUUCCGCCGCCGCCGACGCUGCACCCACCGCCGUCAUCCCCCGCCGCGUCGCACUCGGUUUUCCAUCCACGUUUCGCGGACCGUCCCGGUGCCCCCAGUCUCUCGUCGGACGAGCGCGACAUGAUGAACGGCGAUAACGGCGGCGUGGCCAAACCGACGCCUCCGCCGACUCUGCCCAAAUCGUACACCCCGAGUGCGGCGGCCGCGUACCGGCUGGCCAGCAUGGAACGCCUGGCCCAGCGACAGCGGAUCUUCGAACAGGGCGGACCGCCACCGCCGCCGCCGCCAAACGCGGCCGAUGAACAGCCGCCGCCGACGCCGGCGGUCACCUCCACGGGGGGACCGCCGCCGCCCGUUACCGCGCCCAAACCCGUGCUCGGAACCAAGCUGCAAAGUAAACGCGAGUUAUUCUUUAAGAAUGACGUAUCGUCAAACAAUACAAACUCUGGAACUCAGCCAACUGUUCAGUCAAAUGCCAAUUCAACUCCUCCAAUGCCUCAUCAAAACUCUGUAACUAGUAUAAAAACCAAUAUCAGUACAAAUUUACCACCAACUGCACCAAUGAAUUUACCACGUGUUCCAGUUAAAUCCGAGUCAUCAACAGAGCCUACAGAAAAUAAAGAAAAACUAUUAAAAACAGAUCAAUCAGUGACUGGAAAAUCUAACGAUAGAAAAGUAAAAAAAUUAGAUGGCUAUGUUGGAUUUGCUAAUUUACCUAAUCAAGUAUACCGUAAAGCUGUAAAGAAAGGUUUUGAGUUUACUCUCAUGGUUGUUGGUAGAUCCGGUCUUGGAAAGUCCACUUUAAUUAAUACCAUGUUCUUGGCUGAUAUUUAUGGAAAAGACCAUCCUGGUCCAUCUCUACGUGUUGGUAAAACAGUUAGAGUGGAAACCAAUAGAUGUCUAUUGAAAGAGAAGGGUGUAAAUCUUUCACUUACAGUAGUAGAUACUCCAGGAUUUGGUGAUGCUGUUGAUAAUUCAGAUUGUUGGCAACCAGUUCUUGAAUAUAUUGAAUCAAGGUAUGAAGAAUUCUUAAAUGCUGAAUCUAGAGUCAAUAGAAAGUUGCAACAUGAUAGUCGUGUGCAUUGUUGUUUAUAUUUUUUGGAAUCAAAUACUCAUGGAAUGACUCCAUUAGAUGUAGAAUUUAUGCAGAGACUUCAUGACAAAGUUAAUAUAAUACCUAUUAUUUCAAAAGCAGACACCAUGACUCCAGAUGAAGUUACAGAGUACAAAAAACAAAUUUUACAAGAGAUUGCUCAGCAUAAAAUUAAAAUUUAUGACUUCCCUGACUCUGAUAAAGAAGAAGAUCGAGAAAAUUUGAAAAAGCUUAAAGCCCGAGUACCAUUUGCUGUGGUUGGGUCAACUGAAGUUCAUGAAGUAGAUGGUAAAAAAAUUCGUGGUCGAAAGUAUCCAUGGGGUCUAGUUGAAGUGGAAAAUCUUGAUCAUUGUGAUUUUGUUGCCUUAAGAAAUAUGUUAUUGAGAACACAUUUACAAGAUCUUAAAGAAGUAACUAGUAAUGUGCAUUAUGAGAACUUUAGAUUUAGAAAGUUGGCUUGCUUCUCAGCUGAUGGACCUAAAGGAAUGACAAACUCGUGCGCCCCAGGAGCAAUCAACAAUUCCUUCGUUGCCGUUUGGAAUCCUUUAGCUCAAAUGGAAGAUGAAAAACGUGAUCAUGAUGCCAAACUUAAGAAAAUGGAAACUGAAAUGGAGCAAGUGUUUGAGAUGAAAGUUAAAGAAAAAAAACAGAAACUUAAAGAUUCAGAAAUUGCUUUGCAGCAAAAGAAUGAACAAAUGUUGAAAAGAUUAGAAUCUGAAGCUAGUGAAUUGGAUGAAAGACGCAGGCAACUUGAAAUAGAAAUUAGGGAAUGGGAAUCUAGCAGCGGUAUCAGUCUCGAUGAACUGAGGAGACGAUCAUUAGAAAGAGAAACCACUGAUGGAAAAGAAAAAAAGACCAAGAAAAAAGGAUUAUUUUGAAACGAGUAGUGCCAUAAUGUGUAUAAAAUCAUAUUAUUACUAUUAAUUGACUGCUAUUAUUCGACCAAGUUUGCAUUAAUUGGUUAUAAUCUCGUUUGAACAUUAGUUGUGAUGAAACUGCGACAGUCAAACUUGUUACCAAUAAUGUGUAUGUACGACACAUUUGUAAUAAUAAUAUAUACAUAUAUAUUUUUUUUUUA